CAGCGGACAGACAUAGCAGUGCGCAGUGUUGGAGCGAAUGCUGAUCAGCUCAGGCCAGGGAAUACCAGCUUGAGGGAUCAGGUAGAACUAGGUCAUUGUUGGUCAGGCAAGCUACCGGAAGGUUGUGCUGAAGAGUCGCUCCUACUUUGCGUGCUGACUUGUAACUCUUUACUCACUCAGACAUGUUGUCAACCAGCAAGUUGCAGCUAGCCGGAGUGGUGUUGGUCGUGUCACUAGCAGCGGCCGGCGGAGUGUUCCUACCGUGCCAGCCGUGCGAAGAAGAGGUUUUGGCCCGAUGUGUCGAGCCCGUUGGCUGCGUCGAAGUGGUGGACGCUCCCGGCUGCGGAUGCUGCAAGACCUGCGCCCGCAUGGAGGGAGAGAACUGCGGGGUCUACACCGAGCGGUGCGGUAGCGGACUGCGGUGUCUCCCGCCACCGAAAAGCAAGUCGCCGUUCCGGGCACUACUCCUCGGACGUGGCGUGUGCACGACGAACAAAACAUUCGAAGAGACCGACGAAAUCCCUACGCCAGCCCCAGAGACAACCAACCCUCCUCCAACCACCACCACUGCCGCCCCCACCAAACCACCACGGCGGUCCCACCAUCACAGAGACAAACUCAUCAAGUGGAAACAGCAGCUGGAAGCGAUGUACAAAAGAGAACGACAGCACAAGGCAAAGAUGGCAGCAAAGAAGUCUUCACGGUUCUCCGAGGGAAUCAUGGGCCUGUCCUUCCAGAGGAGGAACCAACAGGAAGCAGCCCGCGAGAGAAACAGGUCCAACCCAAGGCUCUACAAAGAUCUUCACAGGCACUACCGUCACAGAGGGAGAAUGCCAACAGAGGCGCCUGAAGUUACAGCAGCACAGAAGCCCACAGAGGCCCCUUGUAAAACUGUCCAGAGACAAAUCAUUGAACAAAGGAGAACCAAAGGAGGGGCCAGUGGGUACAUCCCCGCUUGCGACUUCGACGGUUACUACAGAGCAAAACAGUGUAACCUGUCGACUGGAGUGUGCUGGUGUGUAGACAAGUUCGGCAAGGACUUGCCCAACACACCGUAUGUGGAGGGUGACCCAAGAUGCAUCCUGUACACAGACAGAGCCCGUAUGAAAAUUUGGUAGCGUCCUGUUUAGACGGAAGCUGCCGGACUUGUGUGUAUGAAAGACGAGGUUGAAGCUGAAGUAUUUUGAUUAAAAAAAACUAUAUGUCCUCGUGAUGCACUGCCUUUAAAUGGAGAUGGUGCAUGAAUGUUGCGUUCAGAGACGCGACUCGGUUGUUGAAGGCGGAUUGUGACACUAAAGAAAGGUCAAUGAAAGAUAAGUGUGACAUUUCGGCAGGGACUACGUCUUGUCGCGCCCGGCUCCCGCCAUGCAGGAUGCACCAGGGUAGGACAACGUCACGUCACCGUCGCCAGGCUAGUUCAAGGAAUCGUUGAUGACCACUGCACUGCCCACCUUCAAUACAUGUAAAAGUAGACUAGAACAUGAUACGGGAAAGACGUUUUUCAAAGAAUACUGUUUUUCUUUGUAUAGAUGUGGCGAAAGGGUGAAAGAGACUUGUAAACAAAUGCUGAUUCUUUUUUUCUUCUUGACGUUGUUAUCUUAGACUCAGGAACAAAAGGGCUAACCCAACGAGUUGGGAUAAAGUUUCUGUAAAUCUAUGUGGCCUAGCGUGUAUCAGGUGCGUUUGUCACUUAUGUAUUUACGAAGACGAUGAAUGAGGUUUAUAUAAUGGUUCGAAUUGUCUCUUCUAUACGACACCGCUACUUACUUCCCCACAGAAAAGGUGCUAACAGACUGACUGUACUUUAUAAAAGCUAUUUAUAUCGUUCAACAACUAUACUAUGAACCGAAGCUGCAACAGUGUCAAGGAUUAAAAAUCUUGAAGAUUGAACUUACGGAAAAAACAGAGUGUUUUCUGCGGAGCGAACUUUGACCAAGCGAGACGCCAACAUAGCCCAUUAAUUGAUUUAUCUCAGGGUUACGUAGAAAACAACAACCAAACUAUUCGGCUUGAAAUAGUUUUAUCGUCGUAAAGUUAAUCUGAAAUGUUUGAAUAUGAAGAACGUAUAAGUGCGAAAUGAAGGACAUUGUCUUACCAGUUUCUUUGUGUAUAUCUACAUUUACCUAUCUUUAUAUAUAUCUUUAUAUACAUAUAUGAAUAGUUUGGAAGCCUAGCUACCACAUCGCUACGUCGUUGUAGACACCUGCCACUGCUAGGGAAAAUUACCUAUGUAUGGUGAGACAAAAUACCACACCUGCUUCUUAAUAUGUGUCUGAUUGCAAUAUUGAGGGACAUUUUCACUUACACAGAAUUAAGUCCAUGUGUAUUGAGUUGAUCAGCAGAUGGCAACAUCUGUGAUGAAUACAGAAGAGAAUGAACUUUAUGUUUGAUAA